CGCCCCCUGCCUGGGAUGGAGAGACCGGGCUCUCUGGAGUGGCUGCAUGACUCGAGACAGGACUGACCUCGCUGGGCAGAAAUCCAGGAACUUGCAUCCUCUCCUAAGCAACGAUGAGCAUUGGUGUCUAAGUAAUGUCCUUUGAUAAUUAUUAUGGCAUAAUUGUUGAAGAAAGAACUGCACUGGCCUCAAAGUACAGGAUUCUGUUUCAUCCAGCUAUGCUGCGUGAUCCAGACCAGCUGGGAUUUUGAACCUUAAGAAGAGACUGCUCAGGGGCUCACUGCGUUACUAUUUUCCUUUGAGGUGAGUCGUGGCAAGGAUGGGGGAUGCAAGGGAUAUCUGUCCUCACCUGGAUUCGAUAGGUGAGGUCACCAGGGAUGACCUCCUGCUCAAAUCCAAGGGAACUUGCCAGUCUUGUGGAGCUGGGGGACCAAAUCUCUGGGCUUGUCUCCAGGUUGGGUGUCCUUAUGUUGGCUGUGGGGAGUCCUUUGCUGAUCACAGCACCCUACAUGCACAGGCCAAAAAACACAACCUGACGGUGAACCUGACCACAUUCCGGGUGUGGUGUUAUGCCUGUGAGAGAGAGGUAUUCUUGGACCAGAGGCUGGCAACAAAUGCUUCCUCCCCACCGUCAAAGUUUAGUGAACAGGAUUCUCCAUUGCCUGCUCACCCUCUGAAGGCUGUUCCAAUUGCAGUAGCUGAUGAAGGAGAAUCUGAAUCGGAGGAUGAUGAUCUGAAACCAAGAGGCCUUACGGGAAUGAAGAACCUGGGGAACUCCUGCUACAUGAAUGCAGCACUUCAGGCCCUCUCUAACUGCCCUCCUCUCACGCAGUUUUUUCUGGAGUGUGGCGGGCUGGUACGCACAGACAAGAAACCAGCACUAUGCAAAAGCUACCAGAAAUUGGUCUCUGAGGUGUGGCACAAGAAGCGCCCAAGCUACGUGGUGCCAAGCAGCCUGUCUCAUGGAAUUAAACUGAUCAACCCCAUGUUCCGCGGCUAUGCUCAGCAGGAUACCCAGGAAUUCCUACGCUGCCUGAUGGACCAGCUUCAUGAAGAGCUAAAGGAACCAAUAGUUGCUGAGACAAGAGACUUAGACACAAACAACAUAGAUGACAAACGGGAGGGUGACCGCAGCCCUUCAGAGGAUGAGUUCCUCUCCUGUGACUCCAGCAGUGACAGGGGUGAGGGAGAUGGGCAAGGCAGGAUGGGGGGCAUGAACAGCUCCCUGGCAGAGACAGAACUGCUGAUCCAGGAUGAGGCUGGCAGAGGGAUCUCUGAGAAAGAAAGGAUGAAGGACAGGAAAUUCUCUUGCGGACAUCGGCGGACCAACUCAGAACAAGUGGAUGAGGAUGCAGAUGUUGAUACUACCAUGAUGCCAGUUGAUGACAGAGCUUCCCCUGAGUCGCUCCCCGCACCCCGUCCUGCCAGCCCGUGUAGGACACCAGAGCCAGAUAAUGAUGCCUACGUGCGCUGCUCCUCUCGCCCCUGCAGUCCAGUUCACCAGGAGAUGCACUCCAAACUGUCCAGCAGCCCCCCUCGCUCUAGUCCUGCAAGACUCGGACCCUCCUAUGUGCUUAAGAAAGCCCAGAUGCAGGCUUCUGGGAAAAAGAAGAAAGAGCUUCGUUAUCGUAGUGUUAUUUCUGAUAUCUUUGAUGGCUCCAUUCUCAGCCUGGUGCAAUGCCUCACCUGUGACAGAGUGUCCACAACAGUGGAGACGUUCCAGGACCUGUCACUCCCGAUUCCUGGGAAGGAAGACUUAGCUAAACUGCACUCUGCCAUUUACCAGAAUGUGCCAGCAAAGACAGGGGCAUGCGGGGACAAUUAUGCCUCACAAGGCUGGAUUGCCUUCAUCAUGGAGUACAUCAGGAGGUUUGUGGCAUCCUGUAUCCCCAGCUGGUUCUGGGGUCCUGUUGUCACACUGGAAGACUGUCUUGCUGCUUUUUUUGCUGCGGAUGAGUUGAAGGGGGACAACAUGUACAGCUGUGAACGGUGUAAAAAGCUGCGGAACGGAGUGAAGUACUGCAAAGUUCUCCGGCUGCCUGAGAUCCUGUGCAUCCACUUGAAACGAUUCCGGCACGAGGUCAUGUAUUCCUUUAAAAUCAACAGUCAUGUCUCCUUCCCAUUGGAAGGGCUGGACCUUCGACCCUUCCUGGCCAAGGAGUGCAUCUCCCAGAUCACCACCUACGACCUCCUGUCAGUUAUCUGCCAUCAUGGCACAGCCGGCAGUGGACACUACAUAGCAUACUGCCAGAAUGUGAUCAAUGGCCAGUGGUAUGAAUUCGAUGACCAGUAUGUCACUGAAGUUCAUGAGACAGUGGUGCAGAAUGCAGAGGCCUAUGUCCUCUUCUACAGGAAGAGCAGUGAAGAGGCUGUGCGGGAGCGCCAGAAGGUGGUAUCCCUCGCCAACAUGAAGGAACCCAGCCUGCUCCAGUUCUACAUCUCUCGAGAGUGGCUCAAUAAAUUCAACACAUUUGCAGAGCCCGGUCCCAUCACCAACCACACGUUCCUGUGCUCUCACGGAGGCAUCCCUCCCAAUAAAUAUCAUUACAUUGAUGACCUGGUUGUGAUUCUGCCCCAGAACGUGUGGGAGUAUCUCUAUAACAGGUUUGGGGGUGGUCCUGCUGUCAAUCAUCUGUAUGUCUGCUCCAUAUGCCAGGUGGAGAUUGAAGCUCUGGCCAAACGCAGGAGGAUUGAGAUUGAUACCUUCAUUAAGCUGAACAAGGCAUUCCAGGCAGAGGAGUCUCCUAGUGUCAUCUACUGCAUCAGCAUGCAAUGGUUCCGGGAGUGGGAAGCCUUCGUCAAGGGGAAGGACAAUGAGCCUCCCGGACCAAUUGACAACACCAAGAUUGCUCUUACGAAAGCAGGUGGCCAUGUGCAGGUGAAGCAGGGAGCAGAUUACGGGCAAAUUUCAGAGGAGACGUGGAUUUAUUUAAGCACAGUGUAUGGCGGGGGCCCCGAGAUUGCCAUCCGACAGAACAUAGCACAGGUCCAGGAGCCAGAGAGCCUGCACGGGGAGCAGAAGAUUGAGGCAGAGACUCGGGCCGGAUGAGCUGCACUGAACUGUGGGGCAAAGGCAGCACUUGGCUCCCCUGCUUUUCUCCUUAGGAGCUAUUCUGAGCACUUUUUGGAACUCGGAUGUGUAAAGAGGAACCUUGUUUCUGUUCACCACAGUGAUGUUACAACUUAAGAACUGACUGGUUGGGAACUGCUGAAAGCCAUGAGGGCUCUGGGACAUUGCUGUUUCAGCAGUGCACAGGUGACACACGUGGCCUUCCCAUUUUGUUCUUGCAUCUCCAAUCACAGCUAAGAAACCUUCUUGAGAGGGGCUGGUUUUUCUUAGUCAGCCAUGCGGUCAUGGUUCAUUAGAAUUUCUGAGCUGCCUACAUCUGAGUUUAUCUGUGCUCAGCGUGUUCUUGGAGAGCAAAGCUGGAAGACCAGUAGCACCUUCCCAUUGUGCCACCUGCUCUAAACUUCCCAACAGCCUUGUAGAUGUGGACCCGGCUCUCCAAGUUCCAAGCACACAUGGCUGCGUUAUGUGAAUGGCUUCAAACCCAAGGUAUGAAAUGAUCAGGCUCCACUAGAGCUGAUGAGGUCAGAUGCCAGGCAGGCCCCAAGACUCCUGAUUUGGUCUAUAUGAGAUUUCCUCCCCAGCCUCUACUUCUCCUGACAGCAUUCUCAGAAGGACCCUGCUGCACAGCCUUACCCUGGCUCCCUGUUCAUAAGCUGAAAGGCCCACAGAGGUGGGGAAGAAGCUCCGAGCCAAUCGUGCACAGAGCAAAGUGUCAAAAGGUGGCAUGUGGAAAUGUCCUUCUGUGUGUUGGACCACGGUGAUGCUCCAGUCCCACUGGAGAGAUGCCUGGCUGAGCAGUCCUCAGGCUGCUGGAGUGGCCUCUCUAAAACAAGCUGCCUUUGGCACAAAAGCACCCACACUCAAAUUAGCAAUUUAGCACUCACUGCAGCACUGAGUUUGUUCUCGCUUUUUAAUGCAGGUCUUGUUCAUGUAGAGGCUCAUUUGACAGACAGAAAUACCUCACCCUCUAAUCUGCUGCUGGGAAUACAGCCAGGCAGUGGUGGGUCUUAGUGAGCAGAGGGCAGGGAGGGGGAUGAGCAGAUGGGCAAACACAACUUUCCUUGACCAAGCUUCCCUUGAGAAUUACCUGUUUGUGGAGGCCCCUCUAAGCUAGUAAGGGGACUGCAGAAACCAGAGUGACUUUGGGAAGGGCUUUGCAAGGCUUGGCUGAGACCGAGUGACUAUAAGGCACAGUGAAGCUGCCAAGGCUGAUGUAGACCACUCUGCCUUGUGCCUGGACAGCCUCCUGGGAUGUCUCAUUGGAGAACUAAGCUGCAUGCUCACAGGGGUGGGGAAACUGAACCAAUUCACUGCAUCAGUCUGGGCAUGUUGCAGCCUGGCUCUGGCGCAGGGUUGUGACUGCCUGGACACACUUAAGAAACUGGGGUGGCAGGGGCUGCUCUUUGUCUCCUUGUAGGGAAAGGGAGGGUGGAGAGGAGGCCAGGGGAGGUGUUUCUGAAAUGAAAAUGUGGCCUUCAAACUUUUGUAAACUAAAUGCUUCAGGUUCUUAAAGACAACUCUGUAAAUGGUUCAAGACGUUUCUUUUAUUGUCCGUCUCAUUUAUCCGGAUCCUUGUACAUGUCCAGCCAGGCAGCAGGAGGAGGAGUCUGGGUUGGAGAAUGAGCCACUGUUGGGAUUUCCCAGUGUUUUAAGCUGUCUUUGUUAGUUGCUACCAAGCCUCUAGGGCUGCAUGUUGCUGUGUUGUGUCUGUGUUGUGUGGAGGAUGCUGUACAGAUUCUAACAACACUCCUGUGCUCAAGUAUUUUACUCUGUGCCGAGACUGUGCUACAAUAAAUACACUUGCAUUCAAAAA